UAUCUUGGGGCCGCUUUUAGUAAUUUGGACGGACGGAAUUUAGUGUGUUCACUUAUUCAAAAUGGCAGCCUCCAUGGAUGUUGUGAAUGAUGCUUGGAAUUCAGCUACUAAAUUUCUCAGUCCAUGGGAAAAUGCAACAAUUCAGAACACAGGCUUUGAUUCUGCUGUAAACGUAUUGUGUCAUAAUGGACUUAUUAAUUUACUUGAAGACUGGUUCUUUGAGGAAUUACAACGUGAUUUACGUCAACGAGUUUCACCGGCUUUCUGGAGUUUCUUUGAAAACAUUGCUAAAGAUGGCACAGAAAAUGAAAGAAUUGAACAAAACAUUGCCUGUCUGUUACAGGCUGCAGAUUAUCUCCACAAAAUUUCACAAGAGUAUCAACCUUGUCUUAAUGCAUUAGAGAAUUUACCAAGGGAGAUAAAUAGAAAUUACUCAAUGUUAUCAUUUUGUGGGGUUGCUAAGGUAACAGAUGUGGUACGAAUUCUAUUCAAGGCAGUUGUGUUUAACAAAGCUAGUAGAGAAUUCAGAGAAUGUGUGGGACAGUUCUAUUCACAAGCUUUUAGAGUUUUCCAUUAUUUGAAUCAUGAAUUAGAACAAGAGGAAGAUGAAGAAGAGAGUACAGAAUGCUUGGGUUGUAAACAUGAGAAAGAUGACUGUGAAUGUCAGCAGAUAAUGCUAUGUUUUCAUGCUACAAAUGCUAAACUGGACGAGGUUGGUGUACUGGAACAGGUGUCCGGUAUGUCGGUCACGGCAUUAAUACACGAGCAGAUUCAGCAACAUGUUGAGAACACGUGUAAAGGGAACUUUGAAACAGCUUAUCUGGAAAGUUUAGAAAAUUGGUUAGAAAAUAAAGUUCUUGGCUGGUUGAAGCUUGUAUAUGCUGGAAACAGAACAAACAUAGGUUCAGAUUGUAUAGAGGGAUUCAAGGGCAGAUUACUUCAUUUUCUGUGGGAAACUUACGCCAAUGUUCAGAUUACACAACUGUUUAAAAUUAUAAUUGAUUUCCCAGAGUCAGAACCAGCUAUAUUAGAUCUGAAGACUUGUUUAGAGAAGACAGACAUGAGAGCUCACCUUGUGUCAACACUGAAAGCCUCUCUAGAGACUAGAUUAUUACAUCCAGGUGUAAAUACCUCUGAUAUUUUGACAGCCUACAUAUCUGCUAUACGUGCAUUAAGAGCAUUAGAUUCUGCUGGUGUUAUACUGGAACUUGUCUGUGACCCAGUUAGGAAAUAUCUACGGUCAAGGGAAGACACAGUACGAUGUAUAAUUUCUAACCUUACUGAUGAUGGAAGCAAUGAGUUGCUGGAGGAACUCGUCAAAGGUCAGCCAAUGUUAGAUGAGUCAUCUCAUAAUGAUGAAGAGGACAUUGACUGGGAGAAAUGGAUGCCGGAUCCAGUUGACGCUGACCCAGCUACAGCCUCAAAAAGUCGACGUGCGUCAGAUAUUAUCAGUAUGUUAGUGAACAUUUAUGGCAGUAAAGAACUAUUUGUGAACGAGUAUAGAACAUUACUAGCAGACAGAAUUCUUACUAACUUUAACUAUGAAAUAGAGAAGGAAAUAAGAUAUCUUGAACUGUUAAAGCUAAGAUUUGGUGAAUCUCAACUACAUUUCUGUGAGGUUAUGUUAAAGGAUGUAGCAGAUUCUAAAAGAAUAAAUUCUCGGAUCACUGAGGAUAGAAAACAGAAAGGGGAAGUUGAGGAUGUUGAGGUAAAUGAAGUUAUGAAGAUAAAAGCAAAAAAUACUCAUAAGUUUGAAGCCCAAAAGGGCAAUAGAACUCUUAAUUGGAAAUCUCAUUUAGGUUUGGUGAAUAUUGAUGUAGAACUAAAGGAUAGAACAUUAAAUUUUAAUGUGUCACCAGUACAUGCAGCCAUCAUUAUGCAGUUUCAGGAGCAAGAAAGAUGGACAGUAGAAGAUCUUAGCAGUGCUCUGCAGGUUCCAGCUACAGCCCUAAGACGUAAGAUUGCUUACUGGCAAAGUCAAGGUCUGUUAAAGGAGGAGCAAACAGACACAUUUCUAUUGGUUGAGGAACACAAAGGGCGGAGUCAUGACAUCAUGAUUAAUGAGGAUGAAGAGGCGGAGUCAGCAAUGGCGUCAGCCCAUGCUCAGAAAGAGGAGGAGCUACAGGUAUUCUGGACAUACAUAGUGGGAAUGUUAUCAAACUUGGAGUCUUUACCAAUAGAACGUAUUCACAGCAUGCUGAGAAUGUUUGCCAUGCAAGGAACGUCUGGUGAAAUUACUAUUCAUGAACUGAAACAUUUUCUUGACAAGAAAGUUAAAGACCAGAUUCUUGCUUACUCUGGAGGGGUUUAUAGACUGCCCAAGACUUCAUAAUUAUAUAUGUGAUUUAUUGUAAGCAAGUUAUGCCAACUGUAAAUUUUAUGACAAUGUGUGAUCUCCUAAAUUAUCAAAUUUGAAACUUAAGAUGAUAAUGUAAUCUUCAAAUUGAUAAUGAGUUUCUUAAAUCUGAAAUUGUUAAAAGUAUGCCCUAGAAAUCAUCAACAAGACAAUAUUUUUUAAUUCUUUAGAAAUGACAAUCAUGUUUUUAAUAGUAAUUGUAUAACAACUGUUUAUCAACUGAAGAAAGUAAUGUUGAACAUCCAGUAAUGUGUCGAAAAUGUAGCAAAAUAUUAACAUAAUAAUAUUUUGACUUCCAUACAAAAUUCUAAUUUAAUAUAAUUGUAAUGACUACCACCAGAGCUAUAGUUGUAAGAGAUAGCCAUUGUAUAUGGCAAAUGAGUAGUUCUUUGAAAAUUGAAACAAGAUAACAAAAAUUAUAAGAUUUUGAGAAAUAGAAUUGGUAGCAUUUCUGAGGCAUAAUAAGCAUGUAUACUCAUUAUGUUUACUUUAAGGGGAAUAUUUCAAAUGUAAAAAAAAAACCUUUUCCCAGACCAGUUUUGAGGAUUGUCUUAAGACUUAACCUUUAUGUCCCAAAUUUUUAGUAUAGUAUUGCUGCAGAUUUGAACUUUUGUUGGUUUUUUCUAUGAGAAUUAUUGACUAUGUGUAACUGUGAGGAGGAUUGUGUUGUUAAAGUUGUUAAUAUGUUAAAAUGACAUUGAUAGAAUAAA